UUGACAAUCAGCUCCAGUCAGGUCCUGCUGCACAGACGAUCCUGCAGAAAGGUUUGGAACUUUGUGUUGGUUUACUGCCAGGCAGAUCACAGAGCAGUUUGUCUUUAGUUGCUGCAGAAUGAGGUUUGUAUUUUUGAUUCCCUGUCUUCUGAUUGGAGGCAUCAGCUGCUCUUCACCACUGAGAGCUCUUUCCUACAAAAAAAAGAUUGUCCCCAUCUUGAUCGAUUUAACCCCAUAUUACAAGAAGGAUUUAUCACCGAUAAAUUCAGCUGCAUCUCCAAGACUUCUCAGGAGCGCAGAGGGUGAGGAGGCGGAUCGCCGUGGUGCUCCCCAUGGCCAAUUGUCCGGUCUUCUCAGUUUUUUAUCAGACUUUGGCAGUGACCAGCAGCCAGUUCUGACUAAUGAAAACUCAUGGAAUCAAGACAGCGCUGCCAGGUCUCACUCUCGCUACAACCAGAGGAGAGUCCUGUUCAGUCGGUUCCACUACUCCCCAGCAGUGUCUUCAUACGCUCCCAGAGCUCCGGUCCACAGCGGCUCCUGACCUGAUGAGCCUCAUCACUUACUGUGUGUCUGCCCUGCAGGUUUUCCAUCCUGCAGGUCCCUCACUCUCCAAACAGGACUGCAAAGACAUCACUGGUCCACAGAGGUUUCCAGGAAGCAGCCACGAUUGGUCCCCACAGUGACCUGUAGCCCAUCACAGGGUUGUGGCUGCUGGGGUUGGCUGCAGGAGUAACAUGGACACAGUGACCACAGUGGAAAUGUUUGCAUUAUUCUACAGCCUAAAUCUGAAAUAAAAGGAGGUGCAGCAUGUUCCAUCAUGCUUCAUUUUUCUGUCAAUGCUCUUGAGGUCGAAAGAAUGGUCAUUCUGAGCUGUUUCUCUGUAGAAGUCACUUCCUGUUUGGAAUGUCAGUUGGAAGGAGUCUUUCAAUCCAGUUCUUAUAUAAAUGCAAUGGGUUUAACUAAAUCCAAAUGUCUACCGACUUGGUUAUCAGUACAUUUUCUGCAAUCUUAACCAUUUCUGGUAUAUUUUUAGUCAGAAGCUUAAAUCCAAAGAGCCUUCCAACAAGCAGGUUGGGUUUGGUUGAGUCAUAAAUUCUCACACUUGACCCCCUUGAGGUGACCUCAGCAUUCACAAGUUACAGGGAACCUAUUGUAUUUUAGCAGUAUUUAGUUUGGUGCUUUUUAUUAGUUUUUCCCUCUACGUGUAACAAAUAAACCCUUAAUGAGAUUAAA